CAGCUGCUGGCAGCCCGUUUGCUUGCCGCUUGCUACGUAAACAAACCGUGCGCUGCCGACCGUAGUGACCGAAAUUUUGUAAUAUUUGGUGCAAAGAAGUGUGCAAAAAAUGCGACGACGGGCCGGCGUUGGUGCGAUCCAGAAGCAGCGCCUCGAGGCGGAGAAGUACAAGGACAAGGGUACCGAGCUGCAGGAGUCCCAGUUCGAGCAGAUGGUGAAGCAGAUGGAAGCGCUGAAGGAGAACCUGGAAGAGUUCGCGUCCAAGCACCGGAGCGAGAUCAAGAAGAACCCCCAGUUCCGGCGCCAGUUCCAGGAGAUGUGUGCCGCGAUCGGGGUGGAUCCGCUCGCGUCGGCCAAAGGCUUCUGGAGCGUGCUCGGGAUGGGCGAUUUUUUCUACGAGCUGAGCGUGCAGGUGGUGGAAGUUUGUCUGGCCCACAACCACAUAACGGGUGGUCUGAUGGAUCUGGACGAGCUGCGCAAUCGGUUGGUGGCGGCCCGCGGCAAGAGCCAAACUCACCAGGAAAUCACAACCGAGGACAUACUGAUGGCGACGAAGAAGCUGAAAAUAUUCGGCAACGGCUUCACCGUGUACUCGGUCGGGAAGAACCGGCACAUGGUGCAGUCCAUCCCGGGGGAGCUCAGCCUGCAGGAGACGACGGUGCUGAGUGCGGCCACGAACCAGGGGCAAGGGUUCGUGACGGUCGCCUCGCUCAUGAGCGAUCUUGGAUGGACGCAGGCGCGUGCGGAACAGGCGGUGGAGAAAAUGCUCGGCGAAGGGAUGGCAUGGAUCGAUACGCAAGGGGAGGAGAAGUCGUACUGGUUCCCGAGUCUGUUCCCGGGACGACUAACGGCCAAAGUUUGAGGCGCCAGGGACCGUAAUGUCUGUACGCAAAAGGGUGAUUAAUUUUUGUAUAGGUUAAUUCAAAACUAGGUGCCGGUGCGUUGCCAUCAGUGCCAAUAAUAGAUUAUAUUGAACAAA